AGUAACUCUUUCAUUGGGUGUUCUCUCACUGUGUCUUGUUUUGUUCUGUUUUCGAAUUUUUUAUUCGUUAGCAGGGGCCUUGACAGUGAAACAAGUCUGCUUUUUGUCUGCUUCUCCCCGUGCUAUUUUUCUCCCUCAAUUCUCCAAAUUCCCCUUCAGUUUUCACGCGCCUCUCUUCGCUCUUCCCUGAAUUUUUACUCUUGGGCUUCUCCGGCAAUGUAUAUCUAUCGCACUCAUCUGGUUUUAAUCUAAGCAUUGUUCUCGGCGUAUAGUGAACCGCCUCUGAUGUGUCGUACUGAUUCUCUGAUCAAUCAAGAAGGUAUACCAUCUGUUUGACAAAACGCCGAAACCAAAGCUUGGAAAGUAAAUUGAAGUUCCUCUUUAAAAAAUGAGGGAUUUCCCUUCUUGUUUUGGUGAAAACGGGGUCCAAGUUGCCGAUUCUUCGUCGUCCAACACCGGUAAAACUGGCCAGAAUCUGGUUACUUGUGUUUAUCAAUGCCGAAUACGGGGCCGGUCUUGCCUGAUUACUAUCACAUGGAGCAAGAAUUUGAUGGGGCAGGGCCUCAGCGUUGGAAUCGAUGAUUCUUCAAAUCAAUGCCUCUGUAAGGUUGAAAUCAAACCAUGGCUAUUCUCGAAGAGAAGAGGCUGUAAGAGUCUAGAAGCUUAUGCCUGCAAAAUUGAUGUAUACUGGGACCUCUCGUCGGCUAAAUUUUCGACGGGUCCUGAACCACUGGAGAAAUUUUAUGUAGGAGUAGUUGUGGAUCGACAAAUGGUUCUCCUUCUCGGUGAUAUGAUGAAAGAAGCUUUCAAGAAGACCAAUGCCAUACCAUUGCCUUCAAAUGCAAUUUGUGUAGCCAAAAGAGAACACAUUUUUGGCAAGAAAGUGUUUGGUACCAAGGCGUUAUUCUGUGACAACGGUCAAGUUCACGAUCUGGUGAUCGAAUGUGACACUAUCAGUGUGAGUGAUCCGCGUCUUAUAAUUCGUAUAGACGGCAAAGCUGUGUUGCAGGUCAAGCGACUGAGAUGGAAGUUUCGUGGAAACCAUACUAUUUUGGUAGAUGGUGCUGCGGUUGAAGUUUUAUGGGAUGUCCACAGUUGGCUAUUCGGUUCGUCUCUCGGAAAUGCUGUGUUUAUGUUCAGAACAUGCCUUUCUGCGGAUAAAUUGUGCGCUGGCCAACCCGUUUCUGAUGCAAAUCUGUUGCAAUGGUCUUUCUCUCAGAGAUUUUCAGAGACCAAAUUGCAGAGUGUAGAUUUCUCCCUCGUUUUGUUUGCCUGGAAGAACGACUAGAGAUGCGGGAUUCCAUCAUCCAUUCAUUACUAACAACCAUUCAUUUUUCACUACCGUCAUGAGUCUCAAGCACGAGCUAUAACAGCCAAAAAACGGGUGGCUGCUGAGAACUCCCUGUCAAGGAUUUCUGUCGUCUAAAACUGCAUGUGUUCCCUGUUAACUUCCCCGAUCAUUAUGAAGUCAAGUUCAAAUCCAUGGCCCGUGGCAAGUAUGCUUUUGAUGUCUUGACAUUUUCAUUGAAGUUAAGUUCAGUCCAUGUCCUUAAUCUUAGUUGGGCAAUCAGUUAGUAAGCUUGAGGGGAUUUUGUGAUGGCGAGAGUUUGAAUCCACUGAAAAAGUCACCAAUCCCCGACGAAACGAGGAAGAUGCUUGUGCAAAGCAGAAACGUGAUGUCACGGCAUUCUGAUGGUGCCAGUUGCGUCUGAGAGCAAAUGCAGUUUGUUGGGGAAGGGAAGAGCACAUGAACAGUGAGAAAGAGUGUAGGGGAACUGAGAGGAAUGCAAGAGAGGUAGGGAAGGCAUUUAAGGAUACGAUGAUGACCUUCGAUCUGUGUUUCUGAAUGAUACCAAGCCAAUCUUGUCAAGAUUGAAAGCGUUAAAAAAUGCGAUGCCAUUUUGCAUUAAUGCCCCCUCGGGUCCCUAGCGUUUCCGACAAUUCCCCGCUUCCAGCAGCAAUGAAAAGGAUGAAACAAAUCGCAUUCACUUGUUAGUAGACGUCCACUGUCAGUCCUCUCUGCCUCUCGAGAUUCUUUCCGUCCAUUGCCAAUCAUCCCCGGCUCAAAUUUAACCCCAACCUUGUCAUCUAAUUCAAUCUACAGCUGUUUUUCCAGGCCCAGGCUCCUACACGUUGCUAGCCACUGUCCUCCACUCUGACACCUUACAAUUAUGACAUGACCCCAUAACUCUGCACUGCCCUUCAUUCCUAAAACAA